AUUGUACUGUUAAUCUUUUUUUUUAAAUUAAAAAUGUUGCGACUAAUUACAUUUGUUUUGUUUGUGACUGCGUUUGUGAACAGUCAAGAUCUAAGCGAGCCGGUUGUGACAAAAAGUGGACCAAUAAAUGGUUUGCUCCAAAGGACAAUAUGGUAUCAAAAACCAUUCUACUCUUUUCGAGGAAUUCCUUAUGCGAAGCCUCCGGUCGGUGAGCUUAGAUUCAAGGCACCUGUGCCAGUGGAACCAUGGUCAGAACCACUCAAUGCAUUUGAUUAUGGAAAUAUGUGCAGUCAACGACUUAGACAAUCUCCGCCGUGUAGCGAAGACUGUCUGUUUUUGAACGUUUUCGUUCCAAGCGUCAAUCACACGGAAAAGCUGCCAGUUUUAUUCUUUAUUCACGGUGGACGAUUUACGGGUGGAAGUGGCGAUGACAGCCGAUACGGUCCCGAUUUUCAGAUUGAACGUGAAAUUAUUCUUGUAACAGCAAACUAUCGAACCGGAAUACUGGGAUUCAUGUCAUUGGGAACGCCAGACUAUUCUGGUAAUAUGGGAUUGAAAGAUCAGCAAUUGGCCAUGAAAUGGAUUUAUGAAAAUAUCGAAGCUUUUGGCGGCGAUAAAAAUCGAAUUACUAUAGGUGGCAUGAGCUCGGGCUCACAGUCUGUUGGUUUGCAUCAAAUUAACAAGAAAUCAUCAAAAUACUAUAAUCAAAUUUUGAGCAUAAGCGGAACACCAAAUAGUAUUGGAGAUUAUCAAAAGGGUGAUCAUCAAUGUUUGAUGGAGAUUUUUUACAAUAAAUUCCAUCCGGGAAGACCGAAUUUACCUAAGCUGAUUAAAUUUCUCAAGAAAGUCGAUGUUAAUGAAAUCACCAAAUUCACAGCGGAAACUGUUGAUGAACAUCUAUUACCUUGGGCUCCAAUCGUUGAAAAGUCAAAUGCAAAGCAACAAUUCAUUUUCAAUGAACCUCUGUUCGCACUUCAAAAAUACAAAAAAAUCAAAAAGCCAGCUUAUUUCACCAUCACAAAAUAUGAACAAAUGAUGAAAGAUGAGGAAGCCAAUUAUAGUGAUUCAAAUGUGGUCAACGCAUAUUUGAAGGAUUUUAAUAUUGAUUUUCCAGUUUUUGGAUACAACAAUAUCAUCGCGAAGAAACCAAAGUAUCUUAAAAACUUAUUGCAACGAAUUCGUGACUUUUAUUUUGGCGAUUACACCGAAAGUAGCCCCCAUCAACGUUCCCUACACCGUAUUAUACUAGAUUCUGAUCUUUACUGGACUUAUUUCAUCGAAAAAUGGAUAGAGCAUCAUGUUGCUAUUUCCAAGGCAGACACAUUUUACCAUCAAUUUUCAGUACAAACGAUGAUAAAUAUUUAUAACACAAAUUAUGGAGGAGCUGGUCAUGGAGACGAACAAUGUUACCUAUUUAGAUGUCGCCGAUAUAAUUCUAUAUAUCCGCAAUUCAAAGAAUAUAAUGGACGAGAUCCGGAAUGCACAAAAAUUUUCACAGCAAUCAACAAUUUGCAAACAUUAUUUUCCAAUUUUAUAAAAUAUGGAAAUCCAAGCCAUAACAAAGAUCCCAUUGAAGAAUUUAAACCAGUUCAGCCCAAGGGUAAACCGAAUCAAUUUAAUUUCAUCGAUGUCACAAAUACUGACUACGUACCGGGAGUAGCGCCAAGUGGAAAUAGAACGCAAUUUUUGGAUUCGGUUGUUGAAGAAAUGAUGAAAUUGGUUCGCGAACACAAUGAUACACCAACCAAAACACCAAUUCAAUAUCAAUGCGAUGCAAUGAAGGGAGCAACUACGAGCAAGCCGGCUACCAAAUAAUUGUUCGAUGAUGAAAUCAUAUAACUGAUGAUUUGUAUCAAAAAGCAACUCGAUGUCAACAAUAUAUUUUUUUUUCAAAUGUUGAAUAAGAAGAUAAAAAACAAUUUUUUUUAUACUUGCUCAAAGUUCAAAGAUUUUAAUUGGCAAUCGUACACAUUUAUUCAAUUCAUUAGACUUUUAAAACACGUUUCAAAUCAAUUAUAAAAAUAUAUAAAACGAAUAAAAGAUUUUGCUCCAGCAAAUAAGUUUUAUACAUGUUCACUAGA